UGCCUUUUAUGACUUCCUCCGGGAAACUUGAGCUCAGCUAAACAGUUCCGUACUUGUCCGAGGAAAGAAGUGAACAAAUCUGGAGAAUGGUUGGGACGAAAAUCGAAACUUUACGGAAAGGAAUGUGAGGGCGAAAUGAAACCCAACCGGUAAAUUGGGCGACCGAGGUCUCCUGGAAAUAUGGCUAAUGAAAACAUUAUCAGCUACGCGACACGGAUCCUUUGUUCCAAUUUGGGUGCGAUGGACUACAAUAAUCUGCGCAAGAAGCUCCGCAAACGCUUCGACCCCUCUGACGAUGACCUGCGCUACAUUCUGUGGAACUGCUGCAGGUUCUCGAUUGUCCAGAGAGCCAGAGACUGUUCGCCAGGCUCCGAGCUAAGCCCUGACUCAAAGAUCAUCGCGAAGACAGCGGUCAGACUGUGCAAGAGCUACCCGAAAGAUGACUGCAAAGCCUGCGAAGCGCUUCACCUCUGUAAAUAUUUUGUUUACGGAAACUGCCGGUUUGGGAAAGGAAGGAAGCAGUGUAGAUAUUCACAUGACCUCAGUUCAGAUCACAACUACAAUGUGCUGAAAGCAUAUCAUCUCACUGAACUGCAUGAAGAUGAACUUUUUCUUCUAUUGCUUCAGAAUGAUCCAUCCCUCCUCCCAGAGGUGUGUGUUCACUAUAACAAAGGAACAGGGCCAUAUGGAGCCUGCACCUUCAAGGCAAGUUGUACCAAACUUCACAUCUGCCACCAUUUUGUUCAAGGCGACUGCAUAUUUGGCUCCAAAUGCAAGAGGCUACACGGCAUAGAUGCAGAUGGUCGUAAAUUAUUGGAAGACCGGGGACUCAGUGGAGAGAUUAUUCACGACUUGCCACUUUUAUACACAAAUAUUUAUGAUUUAAAAAAUAACAGCAACAACCGCAUAAAUGAUCGAAUACAGCAGACAUCCACAGAAAAUUCAUCAAAUAAUGAAAUCUGCUUACAUUACCUCAGAAGACUCUGCAAUUUUCAAGAGAAUUGCAUUCGAGUCCAUUUCCAUUUGCCUUACAAGUGGGAAGUUUAUGAUGGGUCAGCGUGGAAAGACCUUCCAAACAUGGAAGAUAUUGAAAUGGCUUAUUGUAACCCAGAAAAUAACAGAAGUGACGGUUCUUCACAAGUGGACUUUGUGAAUAUGAAGUGUGAUUCAUGUCCAGUCAGACGCCUUUCCACACCAUCUUCAGUAACUAAACCGCCACACUAUAUCCUGACAACAGAGUGGAUCUGGUAUUAUAAGAGUAGUAAAGGGAGAUGGACUGAAUAUGGAAAAACAGUAAGUGAAAAAAAUGUCUUUCAUUCAUUGACAUCGAAAGAGUUGGAAGAAGCAUUUCUUGGAGAGAACAUGGGUGAAAUUGAAGUGUCAAAAGGACAUCGGCAGUACAUCAUCAGCUUUAAAGAUAUGUAUCAACGAAACCCAAAAUAUAACACAAAGCGAAAAGUGCAACGGAGGCCAAGAUUUACUUCAGAGCAGGAUGUGGAAAGCAGGAUAACAAUUAAAAGCAACUCAGUGAUUCAUAGCUCAACAUCAACCAUCAUUCCAGACCACUGGGAUAAGGAAUCUCUACCUGAAAGUGGAUACAAGCUGAUUCAGCUUUCUUGCACUUCAGAAGAAUUCAAGAGAAUACAGGAUCUUUUCACUAAAACAAUGCACUUGGAAACCAUUUGUGGAAUACAAAGGAUUCAAAACCAGUCUCUCUGGGAGACAUUCAAAUGUAAAAUAUACUGUAAAUUGUUGUGGGAGAUUGGGCAGACUGCAUUCAGAUGCACAGGCCAAGACUUGAACCCAACAUUCUGGAUCUGUGAAGUAGCAGGAUUGUGCUGCCCCAUCCUGCAAUGGGUAAAAGACAGAUACAAAUACUAUAAACCACAUAAUGCAGGCAAAAGGAACAGAUGCAAAAAAAAAAAAAAUGGAGGGAGAAAUAUUGAAGAAAAGUUAUUGUUUCACGGUACUGAGAAAGCUUAUACUGAAACAAUCUGUAAUCAGAAUUUUGACUGGAGGAUCUGUGGAACACAUGGGAGUUCAUAUGGGAAAGGUAGUUAUUUUGCAAGUGAUGCAAUUUAUUCUCAUCAGUUCUCAAAGAAAGAAAAUGGAAGCCGUGCCAUGUUUGUUGCUCGGGUACUGGUGGGUGAGAUGGUGAAGGGAAAUGAAAGCUAUGUGCAUCCUCCUUUAAAGGAGGGAAUAAAAACAACAAAUGGCAGCUGUGUGGACAACGAAGACAACCCUUCAAUUUUUGUAAUAUUUGACAAACAUCAGAUUUAUCCAGAAUAUCUCAUAGAGUAUGGUAAGGAUGGAUUCAUUUUAUACAACUGAAGUAAAGUAGACCCUCUUGUGUCUUUCACAUUUUCUGAAAUGCUUUAAGUAGAGUAGUGGGGCAGUGACAUACAGCUCGAACAACCUGAACUGGUCUCUUUGUAUGGCACUUACACAUUCUCCUUGGGUUUAUGGGAUUGUAUUUGGGCUACUCCCAUCAUUUCCUAUUUGGCAACUGUAAAUUGGAUCUGUUAUGAGUGAGUGAGCUGUGAAAUGGAGUGAUUUCAAUUCUAGAUUUUGGUCCUCCUUCCCCCUGGGAAUCUUUCUAGAUUAAAAAAGCAUGCAAAGAUAGAAAACCUAACAUGUGAUGUAAUAAUGAAAAGGAGAAUGUAACUGAAGCUCUUGACAUAAGUCUGUGGUUUGUACUGCCUCAGUCUGAGUCGGACACAGUUGUGAACAUAUUUAUUCCUUUGUCUUUCAGAUGCUGCUUCUUUUCUGUUGAUUUAACCUGAAAGGAGGGACAUGAAAUCCAGGGUAUAAACCAUUCAACCUGUACAAGAAUGAUUACUAAGCAGAAUAUUACAUAUGUUUUCUUUUCUGCUAUUUUAAAGUGAGAUUUACAUUUUAUCACAUUUUACAUACAGAUAGUAAAUUUUCAGCUUAUCCUUCUGUUUAUUCUAUA